AUGCAAACUCCACAAAAUAGCAACAAGACUAAAAAAAGACUCUCCCUGGGGAAUCGAACCCCGGUCUCCCGCGCUUAUCAGUACCAAGGAAGAUGUGAUAGUCGAGUUACAGCUCGACCACUUGGGUGGUUGACGAAGACCGCCGCCAGAUUUGGCUCUAUUAAUCAUGCUAUGUACUGUAAAGGUAAAGAAAAAUGUAUAUCUAAAAAGAAACUCUCCCUCGGGGAAUCGAACCCCGGUCUCCCGCGCUUAUCGGUUUUAAUGACAAGCGGAAAUCAUGACCACUAG